AUGAAUGACGGAUUUAUGGGUGGAUACACUCCACCUCAAACUCCUCAACCAUCUCCGGGCCAAAAAUCACAGAAGCAAAUGUCAAAUCAAGGGCAACAGCCUAAUCAAAUGCAAAAUCCAAUGCAACAAAUGCAAAAUCAAAUAAACGGCAUGCAAAAUCCUAUGCAGAAUCCGAUGCAACAGAUGCAGAAUCAACAAUUCCAACAAUUCAUGAAUAUGGCACCUGGAAUGCAGAAUCAAUUUUUGCAACGUCAGAUGUCCGGAUACCAAUAUCCAUUUAACCCGCAAAUGCAAAUGAUGAAUCCAAAUCAAAUGAAAGGUAACGCAAUGCAGAUGCAAAACUUUCAAAAUAUGAUGCAAUAUCCAAAUCAACAAAUGCCUCGAAAUAAACAGCGAUCUAACCGACAAAACCAAAAGCAUAUGGCGCCUCGGCAGUCAAAAUCGAGUAAACCUUCUACACCGUAUUCUCCGAUGUCUCCAUCAAACGCAAACCAGCCACCACCCCAACAAAUGCCUAUGCAGCAACAAAUGCAAUCAGUACAACAGUUGAAUCAAAUGAACCAAAUGCAGCAAAUGCAAAAUAUGCAACAAGCUCCAACCCCUCAACAGAUGCAAAUGGCCUCUAACCAGAAAAUGGCUCAGCACCAAUACCAAAUGCAAAUGCCAAACCAAAUGAAUCAAAUGGGAAACCAGAUGAACCAACAAUUAUCUACAAUCUCUUCACAGAUGCAAGUACAGCACCCCGGGCAUGUAGGCCAAGUCAAACAACAACAUUCAUCACGACAAUCCAUACAACUCUCUAAUCCGCCCCAAAUUACCCCUAAUCCGAUGCAAAUGGCCCAAAAUAUGUCCCAGCAACAGCAGAUGCCGCAGCAAAUGACCCAGCAAAUGCCUAAUCCAAUGCAGCAGCCCAUGAUGCAGACCCUUCAACCCCAGCAAAACGAUCAACUUCAAAUGUUCAGAGUUUAUCUCCAAGAUAUGUAUAAAUCGAUGCCAGAUCGUUUCGAAAUGCUCACGAGGCUCUUUAAUCUACCCGGUAGGAAGAAGGAAGAUCCAGUCAGCACUUUAUUCGACCAUUUAAGUGCAUCAGUAAAUCUCUAUUCAUCGAACAUUCUUCAACAAAUCAAAACUUUUGCGGAAUGGCUGAAAAUCGAUGGAAAUUACAAGAGGUUUACUGAUCCAUCGUUUCCUCCCGGGUAUUCUCGUAUCGAGAAACGAAAACCAUUCUACAGGAAUGUUUCGAUUCCACCACAAACAUUUGAUUUGCGCGCAAAAGAUGUUCCAAAAGACAAAGGAAAUGUAUGCAUCAUUGGUAAUUUCUUCUGUUUGGAUGGAAAUUAUUCAUGUAACAUGAUAAAAGUAGAUGAACAAGAGAUCCUUGCUACCAAUGAACAAGAGAUGAGUUACUUCGUGAUUAGAAAGAAUGUUCAAUCACAAGUUAACAUCAAAAUCGAAUUUCCUCAACCAACAAAAAAUUUAUUUACUUGGUUUGUUGUUCAAUUUGCCGAAAGUAAUAAACCAGAAGACCAAUUACCACCACCACAGUUGCAACAGAUGCAUCAGCAAUUGCAGCAAAAUCAGCAACAACAAAUGAUGCAAUCAAUGGCAACACAACAAUAUCAACAACAAAUGCCCAAACAGCAGCAACAACAACAAUUCCAAAUGCAACAGUAUAUGCAACAAAUGCCACAACAAUAUCCGCAGAUGCAGCAAUACAUUCAACAACAAAUGCCUCAACAACAGAUACAACAACAAAUGCAGGCACAAUUACAACCACAAAUUCAACAACAAAUUCAACAACAAAUUGUACAACAACAACAGCAACAAAUGCAACAAAAUAAGGCACAACAAAUUCCUCCACAGAUACAACAACAAUUACAGAAACAAGUUCAACAACAAAUGCAACCACAAAUGCCACAAAUUCCUCCCCAAAUGGCACCUCAAAUGCAACAAAUUGCUCCAAAUUACCCUCAAAUGGCAACUCAAAUGCAACAAAUCGCUCAAACAAUGACACAAAUGCAACAACAACAGAUUCCUCCUCAAAUGCAACAACCUGUACAACCACAACCCCCGCAACCACCUGUACAACAACAGAUCCAGCCCCAACCAACAAUGCCAGUGAUCCAGCAAAUUCCUGACGAGUCAAAGGAAAUGAGAGCAUACAGAAUGAUAGCGGCUGAACAGUUGUGGUCAAUGAUUCAGUUGAAUACAGUUGAUUACACGUGGGUGGACCAUAUCUUCGACCCGCCGGAGAUACCGUUUAAGCCACCGGAAGAAAUGAAUGUACCAGAAACAAGUGAAGACUAUGCCAAGAUGUUAUGUGAGAGUUGGAUGAAAUAA